AUGCGCGGAUCACCCGAUCUGGCGAAUGGCUCCAAUCCUCACAAAGCCAACGGGGCACGAAGAGCCCCUGGAAGCCGCAGAAACAGAGCUGCCACCCCCUCCGACGAGAACUAUGACUACGAGGAGUAUGGGGGCCCAAACCCACAAUACAAAAGCACGAAAGGCCCCGGUGCAUCAGGACCUGGCAGGUCAUUCUCAACCAGGGCCCAAGGAUAUCCUGAGGGAAAUCUGAACUAUACCACUCGCAAGCCAGUCCCUCCAUCGGCUUCAGAGGGACUUGACGAAUCCACGACACCGCAAAACCUUCCCAGUGGAGAGUAUCACUCAGGGCCCAGUGCAGACAUGCCAGAGAUCCACAUCCAGCAGCCAGUAUUUCCACCUGCUCAAGGCUCAGGUUCAGCUCCUAAACGGUCAGACACGACACGUUCGACCAAACCCUCACAAACAGAUUGGGCCCCGGACCGUUCGCCGCUCCAAAGGCUGGAAGUGACCUUGACUGGAAUCAGCAAAGAGGAGAAACGGCUACGGGUACAAGAGGCCGAGGCGAAAGCCCGGGAACGAAUUGCGCGCCAGAAAGCUGAGAAGGAGAAGGCUGAAUCAAUGGCCGCAGUGGCUCGCGAAGUACCAACACAACGUCCGCAGCCAGAGCCAGAACCAAAACUUAUCCCUGGCCCUGGCAGGAGAGGAGAGCGCAGGGGUAUCCCAGUGCAGGAACCAAUGCGCAAUGGACCUGUUGCUACAGCAGUACCAGCACCAGCACCACAAAGACAGCCUCAGCCUGAAAACACCGCAAUGCGCCACAAUCGAGCGGUCUCUUCAACCCCUCAAUACGCAGCAAUCCGCCGCCCUGAAGACCCGCAAUAUGCUCGUGCAGAAGAUGUUACCCCAGCAUCAGCAAAGAUGGGUAAUUUACCUAAGCGAUCAGUCACACUGAGCGGGCCUGCGGCAAAACCUUCUCCAAACCUUGCACCGGCAAACACCAUGAGCCAUAGUCGCUCGGUGUCCCAAGCAGGUCCUCGGCCAAUGCCACCUACUCUAAGAGCAGAGAGAACGGAUGAGCUCCUCACAGCCCCCGAAACGCCUCAAGAGAGCGCCGAGUCACAGACUAAGCCGAAGAAGGCAUCUGUGUCCUUUGAUGUCCCGCCACCUACACCUCCGCCUAUCUUUGAAUGGAAGAAUGCACAGCCGGGUCGGCUUGAGGCUUCUGACUUUGAUUUCCAACAUGUUGAUAUGGACCGUGGGAAGGCGUGGUGGGAAGGAGGCGGUAGCAAAGAUCGUAGGAAGAGCAGGGCCCUUCCUAAGAACUACCAAACUCCUGCUCAGAAGUUGACCGGAGUAACCGGGCACAAGACCUUCGAACCCCGUCUCUUCUUACGAUGUGGUCCUUUGCUUCGAUACACUGGUAUCCAUAAGGUCCCAAUAGAUGGAGCCAGCGGUCCUAUCUUCAAAGAUAUAUGGCGAGGAUCUAUAAUGAUAAUGACCAAAGAUUCUCGCUCCUCUUAUGGCACCCCACCAACACUCCGACUCUUCUCUCAACCAAUGGACCUUCUCCCCCCUCCACCAGUGGAAAUCAGCCGCGAAGAUGGAGUCCAACUGGCCCCCGAAUACGUCGACCCAACGGCCGGUCUCAUGAAAGUCGGCCGGGACGGACGGCCCCUCUACGUCAAACCAGUCGAGCACGUCGAAGAACAGGCCGACCUCUCAUUCGUCGAAAACGACGACGGCAUCUACGAACUCUCACCCAGCCUAAUCGACUACACAAGCGAAGGCAUGAAACAGCCAAUGCCUUCAAACCGAAUGCAUCCACUCGACGGCGAGACAGCAGGAUUACACCGAGACAUCCCAGGAGUUCGUCUAUACGCCGACACAGCAAGAGACGUAACAUUCUGGCGCUUCAACUUGGAAGUCGAACUAGCCACAACCCAACAACGAAUCGCCUACCGCAUCAACCAAGGCCCAGCCCUGGGCUUCUGGGUCCCACCCGCCGGGGAAUCAAUGAACAUAAUGUUCCACAGCGGUAAUGGAUUCAGUCCAAAUGCAGACUCGGACCGCGUCUGCGGUCCUGAUCCUCUCUGGCGAGAUAUCCUCAACGAGCACCAGACCCGUCCGUUCCAUGUUAUGAUCGGAGGCGGAGAUCAGAUCUUCAAUGACUCUGUCAUCGCCGAGUCUGCAUUCUUCCAGGAAUGGAUCAAGAUCAAGAAUGCUGCUGAGCGAUAUGGCGCACCGUUCACGCCUGAAUUCCGGGCUGAGAUUGAGCAGUUCUAUCUUGAGCGCUAUUCGGCGUGGUUCUCGCAGGGUCUGUUUUCUUUGGCUAGUUCUCAGAUUCCCAUGGUUAAUAUUUGGAAUGACCAUGAGAUCUUUGAAGGGUUUGGGUCUUAUCAUGAUGAUUUCAUGCAGACUUCUGUUAUUUCUGGACUCGGCAAGAUUGCGUUUAAGUAUUAUUUGCUUUUCCAGCAUCACAGUGUCCCUGAUGAGACCGAUGCGGAUGAGCCUAGUUGGCUUCUUGGUGCGCAUCCGGGUCCAUAUAUUGAACAGAGGAGCAGGAAUCUGUUCAUGUCUCUUGGUCAGGGUGUUGCAUUCUUGGGUCUUGACUGUCGUACUGAGCGACGGAGCAAUGAGGUCCUCAGUGAAGAGACCUGUGAUCUGUUGUGGGAUCGGUGUCAUAGGGAGAUUAUGAAGGGCGAAACGAAGCAUUUGAUUGUGCUUUCCAGUGUUCCUGUUGCUUACCCUCGAGUGGCGAUGCUCAAGAGUUAUAUGAACAGUCGCAAAUCUCUUGGAAAGUCUGGUGUUCUUGGUGGAUUUGUCAAUCGAUCCGGUGGAAAUGUGGAGGUCUUUGAUGAUCACUGGGCUGGUAAGCAUUUGAAGUCCGAAAGAACAUGGUUGGUCGAGGAUCUCCAGGAUUUGGCUGCAGAGAAGUCCAUCCGGGUCACCAUUCUAAGUGGUGAUGUCCACCUCGCUGCUAUUGGACAGUUCUAUUCGAACCCUAAGCUAGAUGUCGCCAAAGACCAGGAUUACCGCUACAUGCCCAAUGUCAUCUCGUCUGCCAUUGCGGACAUUCCCGAGACUGAUCUCAUUGCGGACAUGCUCAACAAGCGUAACACAGUCCACCACAUGGACUCAAACACAGACGAGGACAUUAUUCCCAUUUUUACCGAAGAUGUGAACGGCAAACCCCGAAACAACAAGCGGCUACUCCCCCGUCGAAACUGGUGCUCGAUCCGCGAGUACAAACCGGGCUCUACACCACCUGGUACACCAGAGUCAGAGAUGACGGAAACCCCCGAGCCCCGUCCCGGUGUACUCAAGCGAACACUAUCGUUGGGCCGAGGAGACAAGGCAGGCCCCGGCCCCGGAAAGCCAGGCCUUUUCAGACGACUCUCAAACCGCGGACCACCACCCACAAGAACAAUGAGCUUCAACCGCGGCGACGAGGCCGGCUUCAGUCGUCGCGCCAGCGUCGACAACCACUCCCAGCCCGUCGAAAACGGCGACAGCUACUUCCCUUCGGCGCCACCUCCACGACCAGGAGCUUUCCACCGAAGACCAACAAACCUGAGUCAAAAAGCAGCCAAGAAAGCCUCCAAAGCAGGCGACGACGGCGCAGGCACCUUUAUCAAUCUAGAAGGCGGGCUAGCAAUAACGCUAAACCUAGAAAUCAGCGCAGCAGACCCAGCGGGCAUAACAGCACCAUACAAACUUCUCGUGCCAGCACUUUGCUACAACGGCACUGAGUACGACCCCCCACCAACACAGAUUGUCAAGGGCUGGCGCAAAUUCCUACCAAGACGAACCAAGCGCGACGCCGAGAAAGGCGCUGACGCCGAUGACAAUGACGAUAUCAGCGAUGAUGAUGAACAAGAUGAGGAUGAUUACGAGGACCAUGAUCUUAUCAAUAAUACCCGCGCCAAUGCUGCGACUGGUCAUCCACAGUACCCGCACCAACACCAAAACCAACAGUACGAGGGUUAUCCUGAGAGUGAGGAGGAAAAUUCUGAUGGCGAGGUUCCUCAGCGGUUGCCGAAGCAUAUGAUGGCGCCGCAGCAGACGAAUCCGCGGGAGUCUGAGUAUGAUGAGGAGGAAUUGGAGCAGGAACGUCCUAAGAAGAAGAAAUGGUUUGGGGUGAUUUAA